GAAGUUCUAGAAUGUGGGGUUCUGGGCUUGGGUUGGAGAAGGUUGAUAGGCACAGGGCCAGGGCCAGGGCCAGGGGUUUAGGUUGCAUCUAGGCCCAGGUUCAGAGUGUGGCAGCUGUGGCUGGUGGGGGUGCCCAACGUGUGUCUCAACAUGGGCCUGGAGCUCUAUCUGGACCUCCUGUCAGCAUCCUGCCGUGCUGUCUAUAUCUUUGCCAAGAAGAACAGCAUCCCCUUUGACUUCCAGUUUGUGGAUCUGCUGAAAGGUCACCACCACAGCAAGGAAUACAUAGAGAUCAACCCCCUGAAGAAGCUACCCAGCCUCAAAGAUGGAAAAUUUAUCUUAUCUGAAAGCGUGGCCAUCCUUUUCUACCUGUGCCGCAAGUACAGCACACCCUCGCACUGGUACCCACCAGACCUGCACACACGCGCCCGUGUGGAUGAGUUCAUGGCUUGGCAGCACACUGCCAUUCAGCUGCCCAUGAGCAGGAUCCUCUGGAUCAAGAUGCUGAUCCCAAGGAUCACAGGUGAGGAGGUUCCAGCCGAGAAGACAGAACAGAUGUUGACAGAGGUGAGGACAAACAUGCAGCUUUUUGAGGAGAAGUUUCUGCAGGACAAGAUGUUCAUCACCGGGGAUCACAUCUCACUGGCUGACCUGGUGGCCCUGGUGGAGAUGAUGCAGGCUGGUGAAGUCUCCAGUGUCUGGAGUCUCCAGGAAGUGUACAGAGGCCAUCAAAGUGUCCUUCCGGCUGAGAGCUUCUUUUCUAGAGCUCCAGACACAGCUCUGAGUCUGAGGGGCAUCCACUGUGUGUUUGGGGGCACACCCAGCUCCAGGUUAGCUGAGUGGCGCAUGAGGGUGGAGCUGGCCAUUGGCUCUGGCCUCUUCUGGGAGGCCCAUGACCGGCUGAUGAAGUUGGCAGAGUGGGACUGUUCAACACUGGAUCCGAUGGUCAAGGAGAAGAUCUGUGUGUUGCUGCAGAAGUUCAGAUAGAAGCAGAACUUCUGCAGGGCUUGGCUGGCUCACCACUUUUGAGCUUCCUUUCUUAGAGGAGAUGUUGAAAACAACUACAUUUCUUUGCCUAAUAAAGUACUGCAAUCACCACCAUG